AUGAUUUCCUUCGGCAUGCUCCCUUUGCUGCCGUUCUUGUGCAGCGUCCCGGUCUGGACAGCCCGCCUGGACAUGACUGCGACACCGCCCGCGCUCGAGCCUGGCUGGGAUGAAGGGCUCGGCUGCUAUUGCAAGAAGGUCCGAUCCGUCGCAGACUGCUCGGACAGGGAUGGCUCGGAAGAAGAGCCUCGACGUCUUCGCUGGUUCCACGGUGCCAGCAAUGGAGAGGAGAGCUUGUGCUGCAAGCUCGCUGGGACAUCGAUGCUUUCCUUCCCCGUCGGCUUCGGCUAUGAUCGGCAGCCGUCUUCCGCACUGUGCAUUCAAGAGACUCGCCCUGUGCCCCGCGAAGCAUGUUGCCGUGUAGGUUACAGCGGCUUUUAUGUCUCAAACGUGACCAUGCACCUCCAAGCUCAUGCUAACUCAUUGACCACGCGGACAUUCCGGAAGUCACCGCCUGAAUUUGAGGUUGCAGACAUCUAUGCGGCCAAAGACUACAACGGCUCCUUUGUGAAUAACCUCUCCGAUGUUCACGCCUUUGUGGGCGGCCUCCUGAAUGCUCGAGCUCGUCGCUCUAUGCCGAAUCCCCAUGCAUUCUCGAAGUCUUGGGAUGAGAUGGUGCAGGACACAGUCAUGCCGUGUAUGCUUCGCAAGAUGCCCACGAAGGCCUGCUGCUGCGACGAGGCAUCAUUGAAGGAAGAAGAGGGCUGCUUGCCGACGGGCAUCACGGGCUUGUCAACAGAGCCGGUUGUCGUUAGGGGCAACUAUUCGAGGGUUCGGUUGUAUGGUUUUUCGUAUGUUCCUUGGGCAUGGAGAAUGAUGUAUUAUUCCGAUGGUCCCGAACCAAAGAAGUACACACUCAAGUACGCGACGGACUCUCCCGGUGGGGAAGAGUAUGAAAUUCUGCCGGGCGAGUUAACGUCUCGUAACCUCACUUGGGAGAGAGGGAAUCAAUGGUCGCGGACCUGCGAGAAGCACGAAGAGGUGCCGACAUUUGUCAAGGAUUACCCGAAGUCCACUGAGUGCAGCGUCUUCAAGUUCACAAGGCGCUGCCCGGAUGGUGAGGGCUACUAUGUCAAGAAGCGUGAGACGUAUGGAAAGUGCUUCCGGGAGCCAGGAUCAAGAUCAAGCUCGCCAUCCGUCGUCAUCCGCUACGAUGAACUGACUCACCUCGGCGGAUUCGCCUUCACCUGCCCUGCAGGCCUUCGAAGCGGACAGAGGUACACCUAUGUCGACAGCCGCGGGCACACCGUGGACAAGAGCACCCGCUUCUGCAGGUGCCAUGAAAUCUGCGACAGAUCUUAG